AUGCUGAACAGGCGCCAUGGGUUGAACAAAAUUGCAAGAGCGGCUUCGUGUCGCUCGAUAGCUCCUGCAAGAAGGUGUUAUAGUCUGCCGGCUGAACCGAACGAUGUUGCUGUCCUGGGUGGAGGUAUCACUGGUCUUGCUACCGCUCAUUAUCUUGCUCGAUCGAAUCCCAAUCGCAAAGUCACCAUCUACGAAAGUUCGCCACGACUAGGAGGCUGGUUGCACACAGAAAAGGUGGAAAUAGAUGAUGGACACAUUCUCUUUGAGAAGGGCCCAAGGACACUUCGACCUGCCGGCAAUGGUGCUCUCACCGCUCGCCUGGUCCACCAAAUUGGUCUUGAGGACGAUACCAUCUUUACCCUGAAAACUGCUCCCGCCGCAACCAAUCGCUACAUCUAUUAUCCCGAUCAUAUUGUUCGUGUCCCUGCACCCGACCCUCAGAAAGGCUUCGUAACCAACGCGAGCGCCUUGAUCUACGCCCUCACCUCCGAACCAGCUUUCAAAGGCAUUGUUUCUCGUGUCUUGCUCGAGCCCUCUGUCUCCGCUAGAGAUCCUAGUGUGACUGAUGAGUCUGUUGGUGAUUUCUUCGUUCGACGUAUAGGUAGAAGGCUGGUCGACCAAGUCAUGUCGGCCGUUGUACACGGCAUCUACGCCGGUGACAUCUACCAACUCAGCAUGAAGAGCUUGUUCCCUAGCAUCUGGAGACUGGAAGAAGAACACGGUAGUAUUCUCGCCGGUCUGGUGCAUAACAUGGCUGAAGGAGCAAAAAUUCCUGCAAAAGAGAUCGACUUCAUCAACGCCAUGAAACAACCAUAUCCAUUCAGUUCUGACUUCAGGAAGAACUUCCGAAGAUCAAAUGUCUUCACUUUUCGUUAUGGUCUCCAGCAGCUGGUCGACAAGUUGGAGGAGUCACUCAAGCAACAAUCAAAUGUGACCUUCCAAUUGAAUGAACAGAUCACCGACAUCAAGAACACCGAGCAUAAUGUCGAACUUGAAGCCAAACACUCGACAAAACAAUCACUCUCAAAACACAUACACACCCAUGUUAUCUCUACCCUAUCACCAGACACGACAUCACAGGUCGCCUCCUCAAUGAAUCGCGACUUCCUGAAUUUGCCUGUGUGCCCGACACCGACGGUCAUGACCGUAAACCUGUAUUACCGUACUCCAGACCUCAAUCCGCCUGGCUUCGGAUACUUGGUUCCUCUUGACGUUCCCAUCGACCAAAACCCAGAGCGUGCACUUGGUGUCACAUUUGACACUGCUUACUCUGCUUCAACACCUAGCGACAAGGACUUUGUUGGCCCUAUGCAGGAUACUGUAUCAAACCGGGGAACUAAACUCACAGUCAUGCUGGGAGGUCAUUUCUGGGAUGGAUGGGCAUCCUACCCCACCAAGGAAGAAGGCCUUCAGAUGGCAUCAUCUGUCGUUGCAAGGCACCUUGGCAUCACGGAGAAACCUGCAGCACACUCGGUCAAUCUCAACCACAACUGCAUCCCUCAAUACACUGUAGGCUUUGAGGACCGAGUAAAGAGAUUCCACGACGAGCUCUCAUUGCGUUACUCUGGCCGUCUGCGUAUUGCCGGCAAUUGGGUCAGAGGUGUUGGUGUCAAUGACUGCAUCAGAAGCGCUUGGGAGGUUGCUCGAGAACUUGACACCAGCGACCUCACUGGACUUGAGUGGCUUGUGAAGCCCAAGAAUUGGAUCUCAGUCAAGGUCAAAAGUAGUUGA